CCACGAAACACCACAAGGAGCACGUACGUCUCAACAACCCUUUGACCUUCUGUUACGUUUACCGGUGAUCAUUGGCUUUCCGAAAGUGAAGACGGGGUUCGCUGCUUCGGUACCUGAAGAGGCUGAGGUGCCGUGCGUGGGUAAGGUAGAGAGGCUGUUCAUGGAAUUAUCACGUGACCCUUCUGGCACCCCGCGCCGUAGCAACGCGCCCGAGCGCGUUGCUUUAUUGACAUUCGCAUUGAUGACGGACACAACGUACGUAAUUGACCAUCGCAACACUCACACAGCACGACAAGAUGGCGUAUAAUCCGCGCCAUAGUAUUAUACCGGGUUCCCAGCAAGGCGGCCAGAAUCGCCGGAAGAAGGAGGAAGAGGCAGAUGCAUUCAUGAAGCUGCCAGACAGCGAGAUAGUUGGCUGCAUCUCUGACAUUGGCAUCCCCUUCACCGUCGCCGACCUCAAGAAACCGAACCCAUCGCAAAUCCAGCUGAUCUUCGAAUGGUUCGCCGAACUUCUCCUCAAUGCGACCCGCGAGACAAUCGAGCCGCCCAUGCGGGCCGCAGCAGAGGAUGUUUGCGGCGAGUUCUCCGACGUCAUUCCACCCGACACGCGCAAUCUGAUGGGCUUCUAUGUGUCGCUCCGCAAAUUACUGUACGAGUGCGGGAUUCUCGACUUCACAUUUAACGAUCUCUACAAGCCGACCUACGAGCGUCUCGUCCGGAUCUUCAGUUACAUGAUCAACUUUGUGCGCUUCCGCGAGUCGCAGACAAACGUGAUUGACGAACACUACAACAAGGCCGAAGGGACGAAAUCGAGAAUCGAGUUGCUGUACCAUGAGAACCAGGAGAAGGAAGGGCAACUGGACGACAUGAGGCGUCAGAAGAAGGCGAUGGAAGCGCAGGUCCGCGAGAAGACCCAGCGGAAUGAGCAAUUAAAGGCCCAAUUGCUGGAGCUGCGGCGCAACCAGGAAAAGGUGGCCGCGCGUCUCGACGAAGCCAAGGAGCGCAAGGGCGAUUUGACGUCUACCUUGGAGCAGAAGACGCAGGACAAGAUCACGCUGAAGCAGGAGAGUAGCAAACUCAGGCCGUAUAUGCUGCAGAGUCCGUCCGCACUACAAGAGAACUUGGCGGAGCUUCGGGAGAUUCUGAACAACGACAAGGCGCACAUCGAGGCGCUCGAUCGCAGAGCACGCGCGCUGCAGACUUCCACGGAUUCGUUCACAGUGGUUUCGGCAGAUGUUGCAUCGUGCAUCAAGAUCCUUGACGAGGUCGCUACGGAGCUGCACAAGGAGGAGGAGGAAAUGGGACGCAACGCCAAGCAGCGAGAUGCUCUGUCAGAACGCGGUAACAACGCGCGGGAGGUCGAGCGGACGGAAGGGCUGCUGAAGCGCCAGCUUGCAAAGUGGACUGAGCGCACGGAGAAGCUGCGCGAGCAGAGCACCCAGAAGGCCGAGGAGGCCAAGGUGAAGAUGCACGAGCUGAGAGCUCUGCACAAGAAGUUGAAUGAAGAGCGCACAGAAAAGGCAAAGGAAAUGGAAGUGAGAAGGGUACGGAUCGAGCAGACGGAGAAAAAGAUGCUGGACCUCAAGGAGAAUAUUGAAAAUGAAGUGCACAGCGCUUAUGAGGAGUAUCAGAAGAUGGAGGCGCACAUCAAGCUGUAUAUCACAGAAAUGGAACAGAACAUCCAGUGAGGGCUGGCUGACAGCCACAUUGGGCUUGCUUCAUGGCGUUUACGGUGUAUGACAAGGGCAUGAUGGGAUGAG